AUAUGAAUAAACUUUACAGUAAAGAAGAGGAUAAAAGCGUGCCACGAUCAGAAUCAGGGGUUUCGAUUGUAAUAACACCAGCUGAUGAUAUAGAUGAAGGUGAUGAAGACGACAUUGGCAAAAUAUCCCAUGAUGAUACAAGCUCUGUUGAAGAUGAAAUGUACACUCCUGAGGAAAGCACUCAUGAAGACUUGAAAGCUGAUGAAACUGUAUUCGUUUUUCAAGAUAUGGAACAAGAGGAAACACCAAUAACACAAACUAUACAAGUCAUUGAGAGCAAAGAGUUAUCACAAGAGACAGUAAAUGUUAAGCCAGAGUUGGAAAAAAUGUUUAAAGAAACAGAUGAUCGUUCUGUAGAUGAUUCCAAUAGGGAAAAGACACCUCUUAGCUUAUAUACUACCCAUUUGGAUGAUCAAUUUGUCACCAGUAUUGAAGUUGCAUCUUUACCCACAGUGGAGGGAAUACAUCCAAGUGAUGUGCCUCAGGUUAUUUCUGAUAAAAUGAUUGAUGAACACACAGCAGGACCACCUGAAAUACAGCCUUGGGAUGCAGUCUCCACACCACAUGAGCAUGAAGAAGUGAAAAAACAAAUGUCCCUCCCAUCUGGUGACUCUGACAUUAACAAAGAUUUACAUGUGACAUUCCCUGAAAAGGAAAGUUAUAUGGAAGAGCAACCUUUGGGUGAAGAAUUAAUCAUUUCUCAAGAGUGGCAAACUCUAAUUGCUCUCUUAAAACGCCGUCAGAAUUUAAGAGAACAGCCAUCUUCUGUGACCCCAACAGCUACACUGAUGUUAUUGCCAUCAACUCAGUCUUCAGGUGAAGAAAAAGGAGAACAAGUUGAUGCAAAUAUAGGCAUGUUAAAAUUAGCGAUAGAAAAGAAAGAAGUUGUUGUGGUACAGAAAGUAAUUAUUUCAAUAGUUGAAACAAUAAGUACAUGGCUGGAAACUAUAGAGUACAGAAUCUAUACCAUAAGAAAAAAUGAAGAUCCUAAUGAAAGGAUAAGACAGUAUGAAAACUUACGCACUGAACUUUUUAUUGUUGAAGAGAAACUAACAGUCCUUGAGAAUGUGACCCAAUCUGCUGUUACAGUUCUUAGUGAAGAAACUAUUAUAACUAUCAUAGAAACAGUUAAAUACUUGCGUCAACAGGUUAACCACAUUGAAAAAGUGCGGCAAAAUGAGCAAGAUGAUCUUGCCCAGAUGGAGGAACGUUAUGCACAGUAUCUUACAGCGGUAAGCGAUGCUGAGCAAGAAGUAUCCAGACUUAAGAAUCAACUCGGUGAAAUUCAGGAGACACAAAUGUCACCAGAAGAGAAGCUUACUAAGUUAGAAUUUCUACUUACUACCAAUGAAGAAACAAGGGAUUGUAUCACACAGUUGCUGCUCAGUUCACAUGAUCUCAGAGACAUUCCAAGUCAAAAAGUUGGGGAUGAGUUAGCUACUAUUCAGGCCGAACUCUGUGAUGUUCAUGAUGCUGUUGAAAAGGAAUUAGAUCAUCAUCUGCGGCUCACAACAUCUACCACCGAAUAUGAAGAAACGCUUAUGGAACUUACAUAUCUAAUUGAAAUGGCAGAAACAAUCUUAGAAGCAAGAAUUGUUGCUCGUGAUCAUGGACACUUAAUUGAUACAAUUACCAAGCACAAGAAGUUAUUCCUCUCCCUGCGUCAGUGCCAAAAAGUAUUAGAAUCGCUUGACACUGCUCUGGAGCCCAGCUCUCGUGUUCACUACCAGCAAUUGUACUCUCGCUCUUACUUGAGGGCUUCAAGAUUGUUGGACAAGGCCACACAGCGCAACCAUCAGCUGUCUCUCCUGGAAGCUGAGUGGGUGCGGCUUCUAAACCAACUGGAGGAAGAAGAAGCUUGGACAGUGUCAGCAUCAGAGCAGGUUACACAACUUCAAACUGUAUCUGCUGAUACAUAUGAAGACAACACAAAUGCAUGCAAGGAUCUUCUGGUGGAGAGUGUCACACAUGAAGCUCACGUGGGCCACCUUGUGGAAAUGGUCCGAAAAGUAGGAGACUCUAUCACUUGUACUCACCUUGAGACGCGAGUGACAACACACCACCAACGAACAACGAGAUUGCGCCAGGAGGUCAGUCGCUUGUUAGAGCGCCUUGAAGAACUGCAUGUCCAUUGGUCCACGUAUCAAACUCAGAUGGACAAGCUACAGGAAUGGUGUUCACAGGCCAAGACCUCACUAGAAAACAUUGAUCUGACACCACAGGACCAAGAAAAGCUAAAGGAGCAAUUCAAUCAAAUUUGGAAUCUCAAGGCUCAGUUUGAUAGUCAAAGUGUACUACUAAAUGAAUGCAUGAACCACUUUGACAAAUCAGUGGGCUUAGUGAACAUGACAGAUGAAACCCACCAGAGACAUUUCCUCUCACAGUUCAAGAGUGAGUGGGGUGAGCUUGAGGAACUUCUCCAACAGAAGGAAAAGGAAUUGCACCGGAUCCAGAUCCAAGUAGUUCCUGUACCACAACUGUUGGCGGAGACUCAAGAUACACUAUCAAAUAUUGAAGUUGCCUUGCAGAAUAUAGAUACUAAUGUGACAUCAAUCCAACAACUCAGAGAUAUAUCGGAAAAUUACAAGGUGCUACGAAUCAAAAUUUUGAAUAGCAAGGAGAACUUAGAACACUUAACACAAGUCUCAAGCAUUGAGGAGGAACAAGAUGAUGAAGUACUGGAUACCCUUGGUCAGUUGUCACUCACCUGUCAAGAGUUGAUUUGUACCAUCCAGCAGCGUAUUGCAUCUCUGGAAUACACAUUGGAUCAUGUUCAAAAGACUGUUAGCCGUGUAGAACGUAUCUCUCUUACAGUAGAUCAUCUUGAAAAUACAUUGGAAAGGUGUCAGGCAGUAGAUAAAGAAGGGGAACAAAUUCUUAAAGCUGCACUUCAUUCCUGUCAAACAAUAUAUGAUAGUUUGGCCCGUACUGAAGAAGAUAUCACUAAAGUAAAACAGUGCAUGGAAACUCUGAGUCAAGAUCCUCAUCACCCUUGCCACCUAGCAGAAUUAACAUUACAAGUUUCAGCUCUUCAAGAACGACUUGAAUUAGUAGCAGAGAGCAUUAAGGAGACCCAAACCAAUCUUAAGAAUCGCCUUGAUAUGUGGCAGAAAUUCAUGUCUUCAUCUGAUGCAGUAGAUGGCUUCCUGCAGGAGGUUGAAUAUCUUCUUGAAAGUGCCUUGGACUUACCUUCUGUCAACAGAGCUGCACUGAAAAAACAUGUGGAAGAACUACAAAAUCUCCAGGGAUCUAUGACCACUAAUAAAAACCUCUUAGAAAUACUUAAAUCUCAGGCAGUUAAAGUGGAGAAAACUCACUGCAUGGAGACACAACUAACACGCUGGAAUAGUGUUUCAGAGAAACUAGAAUCGGUUAUCCUUCGGUACGAAACAGCUCUGGAAUUGUGGAGCAGGUUUGUUACUGUCCAGGAAGAGGUGCGAGUCUGGGUCGAGUCGAAACUCACUCUAAUUGUAUCUCUUCAGUCCCGUGGCAUCAGUAAUGAGGAACGCUCUCAGAUUCAGGUAAGUACAGUGCUUGUUUUCCUCUUUUAUUGGUGAUUAGGAAAUUAUCAA